AACGCCUCUCGGCCUAGGAGGCUCGCAGCCCGCGCUCGCACGCUUGGCCUUGCCCGCCCGGGACCGCGUCCUGCCCCGCGACCGCCACCAUGAACAAGCUUUACAUCGGCAACCUCAACGAGAGCGUGACCCCCGCGGACUUGGAGAAAGUAUUUGCAGAGCACAAGAUCUCCUACAGCGGCCAGUUCUUGGUCAAAUCCGGCUAUGCCUUCGUGGACUGCCCCGACGAGCACUGGGCGAUGAAGGCCAUCGAAACUUUCUCCGGGAAAGUAGAACUGCAAGGAAAACGCCUAGAGAUUGAACACUCGGUCCCCAAAAAACAAAGGAGUCGGAAAAUUCAGAUCCGUAACAUUCCACCCCAGCUCCGAUGGGAAGUACUGGACAGCCUGCUGGCGCAGUAUGGUACAGUGGAGAACUGCGAGCAAGUGAACACCGAGAGUGAGACUGCUGUGGUGAACGUGACCUAUUCCAACCGGGAGCAGACCAGGCAAGCCAUCAUGAAGCUGAACGGCCACCAGCUGGAGAACCACGCGCUGAAGGUCUCCUACAUUCCCGACGAGCAGAUAACACAGGGUCCUGAGAACGGGCGCCGCGGGGGCUUUGGCUCGCGGGGUCAGCCUCGCCAGGGCUCACCUGUGGCAGCAGGAGCCCCAGCCAAGCAGCAGCAGGUGGACAUCCCCCUGCGGCUCCUGGUGCCCACCCAGUACGUGGGUGCCAUCAUUGGCAAGGAGGGUGCCACCAUCCGCAACAUCACAAAACAGACGCAGUCCAAGAUAGACGUGCACAGGAAGGAGAACGCGGGUGCGGCGGAGAAGGCCAUCAGUGUCCACUCGACUCCCGAGGGCUGCUCCUCUGCCUGUAAGAUGAUCUUGGAGAUUAUGCAUAAGGAGGCCAAGGACACCAAAACGGCUGACGAGGUCCCCUUGAAGAUCCUGGCCCAUAACAACUUCGUGGGGCGUCUCAUUGGCAAGGAAGGGCGGAACCUGAAGAAGGUGGAGCAAGACACAGAGACGAAAAUCACCAUCUCUUCGUUGCAGGACCUCACCCUCUACAACCCCGAGAGGACCAUCACUGUGAAGGGGGCCAUCGAGAACUGCUGCAGGGCAGAGCAGGAAAUCAUGAAGAAAGUCCGGGAGGCCUACGAGAAUGAUGUGGCCGCCAUGAGUCUACAGUCUCACCUGAUCCCUGGCCUGAACCUGGCUGCCGUGGGUCUCUUCCCAGCCUCAUCCAGUGCAGUCCCACCACCUCCCAGCAGUGUCACUGGGGCUGCCCCCUACAGCUCCUUUAUGCAGGCGCCGGAGCAGGAGAUGGUGCAGGUGUUCAUUCCCGCCCAGGCAGUGGGCGCCAUCAUCGGCAAGAAGGGGCAGCACAUCAAGCAGCUCUCCCGGUUCGCCAGCGCCUCCAUCAAGAUUGCUCCGCCUGAAACGCCCGACUCCAAAGUCCGUAUGGUUAUCAUCACUGGACCCCCAGAGGCCCAAUUCAAGGCUCAGGGAAGAAUCUACGGCAAGCUCAAGGAGGAGAACUUCUUUGGUCCCAAGGAGGAAGUAAAACUGGAGACCCACAUACGGGUGCCGGCGUCGGCAGCUGGCCGGGUCAUUGGCAAAGGCGGCAAAACGGUGAAUGAAUUGCAGAAUUUGACAGCGGCUGAGGUGGUAGUGCCAAGAGACCAGACCCCUGAUGAGAAUGACCAGGUCAUCGUUAAGAUCAUCGGGCAUUUCUACGCCAGCCAGAUGGCUCAGCGGAAGAUCCGAGACAUCCUGGCUCAGGUUAAGCAGCAGCACCAGAAGGGACAGAGUAACCAGGCCCAGGCACGGAGGAAGUGACCAGCCCCUCCCUGUUCCGUCAACUCCAGGACAACAGGCGGCAAUCGAGAGCGCGCUGUCCCCGGCAGGCCUGAGAAUGAGUGGGAAUCAGGGGCCUCUGGGCCGGGUGAUAGAUCAGGUUUGCCCACUUGCUUGAGAAAGAUGUUCCAGUGAGGAACCCUGAUCUCUCGGCCCCAAACACCCAACGUGGCCCACCCCUCGGGGAGGUGCCAUUGAAAUUCUAGCUCAGGGUGCUUUUAAACGUGGAUUGUUGAAGGAAGCUCUCUGGGCCCCAGCAAGAGGGUGACUCAGACCCUAGUGGGGAGAGAAAUAAAAUUUCCUUCAGGUUUUUAAAACAUGCAGAGGGGUGUUUUAAUCAGCCUCAAAGGAUGGUUUGUUUCUUGACCCUAAAAGUUUUUUCUAACCUUCUUCCCCUUACUUGGUGAAUUGAUUGAAAUACCUCCAUUUUCAUGCCCUGACACCACCUCUUCCUGUAUUCACACAAAUUGUGUUAUUUUUACUGCUACCAGAAAAAAAUGAGAACUAACGCAUUGCUGUGCUUAUACGUAAUUUGACUCGAGGGAGAAGACCCGUCAGUAUCUAGUUUAAUUUCAGUCCUUCCCCAACCAACCAAUAGCUAUAGCAAGGAGUAAAGAAGGGGAGAAAAGUGGAGAAAGAUGAUGAAAAGAGUAAUCCACGUUUAAAAGGAGUGCCCUCGU